UACCGGUGAACGAAAAUGGGACAGUUUGUAUACCUUUCAGAUUCCCACAAUUCCACAUUUGUGUACAUCAUGGCGGCGAAAAUGAAACUAUGUCGGUGCUUGUUCAAACCGAUUUUUUAUUUUUGUCUUCUUUGUUUUUUAAUAUCAUUAAAUUGUGUUUCUUAUGUUCACUCGGCAACCCAACCUACUACUACGCUUGAUCCUAAUGUCACAGUUACAACUGACCCGCCAACGACAACAACUGAGCCAACGACUACCACAACUAUUCCCCCAACAACAACCAUUGCCCCAGAUGAACCAAGAACUGUCAUUGGUGACACAGUUAUUGGACAGUGUUUGUGUGAUCUAACUGGUAAUGAAUGUGAUGUGAACUGUUGUUGUGAUGAGGACUGCACUCAGGCAGAUAAAUCAGCCUUCACUUGUGACACAAGAUCCUUUUUCAUUGACAAUAAGGUAUGCUACAAGGAAGAAGUUUUCCCAUUCUCCAACUCACCUGCAGACACUACUACAGAUGGGGGUUUAUUCUGUAUCUUCUAUGAUAACUAUAUUGAUUCUUAUUUGGAUAAGAAAUUAAACAAUAAGGAGAGAAACUACUAUCUGGAUCCAGACUUUAUCCUUGAUAUCCCAUCAUUCAACAGUUACGUGGAACGAUAUGCAAACCCAGGUCGCCAGGAACCUGUUUCUGUCCAGGAACCAGUCUUUGACCUGAAUAGUUUUUAUCGAAAAGGGGACACAGUCUAUAUAGUUUAUCCAAAUGAAGCUCAGGGAACAUUCGUACUUCCAGCACCAUCAGUAUCUAGUCAGUGUAAUGAUCAGAAUUCAGUUGGCUAUCUGAAUGAGGUUACGACUGAAUGUACAAGAAGUUUGACCUUAGAUGCUAACACAUGUACCAACACUGCAGGCCUUGCUGCUAGCUCUUACUACCAGAACUUCAGAGUGGUUAAGACAUCUGGUUUGUUUGGUUAUGUAGUGAAUGGAACAUUCGUUGGUAUCUCCACGACAACACAAGCUCCGCCCCUAACGACACCUGCCACCACAUUGCCACCUUCACCAGGAAGUAAUACAACCGACAACAGUACAACUGUUGCUGCGACAACAGCUUCCACAACAACGCCUGCUCCAACCACCACUGCUCAACCAACAACAGUUGAUCCCAGUCAAGUUCAGACCUUGUAUAAUAAUCCCUACAUCGUGGAAAUAAACGCGACAACCAUGACCCAUUUAUGUGUGCAGGCAGACAACUCUAUCGUGGCUUGUACCUUCACAGAUGUACCAGAUCCAACAUUCAAUGCUGCAACUUGUGAAAAUGUAGUUCAAGAGGCUCGUUAUUUUUUCACGACAGACGGAUCAAAUGGUAUUGCAGAAGUACAAGUUCAGUUUGUGUUCAGGAACAUUCAACAAGCAAAUUUGCCUCUUACUCAGAGAUUUAGUAUCUCCUAUAAUUCUUUGACAGACAGCAAUGACACAUUUGCAAGAAGUGGAAACCCAGGGUAUCUAAUUGGAAAACCAUUGUUGUAUGGUACGCUCAAUGUAACAGUGUCUGCUGAUGGUGUUGAAUCCCAGGAGAUUCUCAUUGCCACAGAGGCAAGCCUCGGUUUGACAGUGGUCAGACCGUCGGCAAGUGGUGUAUGUGCUGAUGCAAGUGCUAGAAUUCCAGUAUUGUUUGGUGAGAAUAUACGCACUGGAUGUCAAAUUGGAUUGAAUCUAAGUACCAUUAGUACUGCGCAAUGCCAGACAAUACAGGAGACAAUAGUGAGAACGUUGGAAGGUCCAAAUGUACCUAGCCUGAACCAAGACCAGACAGCAUGGGUUGAAAACAAUCGUUAUGUCGCCACAUUUGGCAACACUGACAGACUAAAGGUUGGAGAUUGGGUCAAGGUCAUUUCCAGCAAUCGUCCCUUACCUUCAAGUGCAAAGAUAGUAGGGACAGACACUUGCAGUUUAAGCAUGGGUUUACAUAUACAAGUGUUGUAUGCCAAUGUAGGGGCUCUAGCUAACCCUCAGGCCAAGAUCAUUGGUGUGGCCCUAUUGUACGAUUCAUUACAAAAUGUUAAAUUUAGGUGUGAAGGAGCCUUCUGCCAGCCACAAACACAAACACUUACACAGCCAUUUGAAGUAAGCCAGACUGUUUCAUUUGUUGAUGUAUCACAACCAGCCUCUAAAUUUGCCGGGGAAGCACCCAUCUUUAUUGCUCGCAUUCCCAACGAUUUCUUCUAUCCGUUUCUCUACUACACAAACAGUGCCAGAGACAUUGUUCCAAAAGUUGUGCCAGUUACAUUUAUAGCUGUAGUGAUUGGUCUUUUAAAUAUUAGACAGUUUAUAUUGUGAUAGUUAAUAAUGAAUCUCUAGACAAAUUGUGAUAAUAUAUUAAGAGUGAACCUUUUUAUGUAGUUUAUUGCAUUGUAGAUUGUUUUUGAGCUGGAUAUCCAGUAACAUUUGUAUUUAAAGGUAUUAGAAUAGUAAUCUACAGAAACAGAUGUUUCACAUUUUAUUUUAUGUAGAUAUUGUGAAACUUAAGUGGAUUUAUAUUUAUUUGUCAACAAUCUUGUUAAUUUUUAAAGUGAUAAUACUUGUAAAACAUUAAUGCUUAAGUAUAGCCUGUAAGUAAUCAUUAGUCUUGUUAUUAAAUCUGGUUAGAAAAAUACUAAUGGUUGAAAGGACUGAUGUGAAUUGGCAAAGAAACCAAAAACAAACUCACAAAUGUUGUUGUAUAAAAACUAACAUGAUUAAUUCUACGGGCCAUUCCAAAUCAAAGUGGAAGAUUAUUUAAAGAUGCUAUCGUAUAAUAUUUUACAUUUUUUAUUCAGUUUUUUCCAUAUUGUUUACAAGUAGUAUCACUUUAAGAUUAGUUUUUGAAUAAAGAUAUUUAAAGACAUUUUUUUCAACAUGACAUAACAUUUUAAACAUGAACAUGAAAUGGUGAUUUUGCCAUUUUUUAUUCUUAUAAUCUAUGAUAUUUCAAAAAGCUGAAAUUCCUUGUCCAAGAAAUGUAAUGAAGUGUGAUACAGACUUGCAUUAAGGCAGUUUUCUAAACUUGUUUAAUUUAAGUCUCUAUGAAAUGACAAUUUAUGCAAGAUCCAUUUUAUAAUUAUAACAUUGUGAUUUUUUUAUGAUUUCAGUUUUUCCAAUUCGGAUAUAACUAACUAAUCAGCAGUGAUUAUUUGAUAUAAAUUAAUAUUUGAGUAUUGCAAAUGAAAUAAGAGUUCAUGUAAAGAUAUCUAAUUCCGUCCUUAUACUUGAAAAUUUCUACAUUCAUCAUUUAUUUAGUUUGUAUUUAUUUUUUGUCACUUAACAUUCCUAGUGAAUAAUAGAAAAUGUAAGUUGUGGAUAACAGAAAACGUUCAUCAGCCAUGAAUAAUAGAAAAUGUAAGUUGUGGAUAACAGAAAAAUGUUAGUUGUGAAUAAAAGAAAAAGUUGCGGAUAACAGAAAAAUGUUAGUGCGGGUAACAGAAAAUGUAAUAGAUAACAUAAAUCAUGAAAUAAAGAGAAAAUUGGUCUUGAAGACAAGAAUUUGUCAGUAUAUUAUAUAUGACUGGCACAAUUCCCUUUCUGUCACUUAGAUUCAUUUCCUUAAAAAAUGUGAAAAUGAUGAAUUGAUUUUUUUUUUAUUUAUAUAUGUGUGCUUAAAAUUGGGACUUAACUAUUUAAUACUACGGCUGAUUCUGUUAAAUGUAUUUAUAAAAUGUACAUAGAAGUAAAUAACUUUAACAAGAAGCUGGUUUUACUUAUUU